ACUCCGCCGCCACCUGCUUGUGAAUGGCUAUUUCGCAUUUAAUCAUACGACAAUAAACAACAAUAAUAUCUUUCUAUUACUGUUAUUAUCACUUUAAAAAACAGUAAAAAUGAAAGUAAUUACCAGUUGUAUAAUACUUUUGUUUUUCUUCUUUACUUCAAGCACAAAAUCGAAAAUUCUUCGCGGGGAACUCGUUACAACUCAAAAUUGGGCAUUCGUAGCAAGAUUUUGUUUUCUAACAGAGAAAGGUAAAUUCCGUUAUGACUUUGUCGUAAAAGGAAGUCCAAAUGAAACUUCAAAUGUAAACUUGUUGCUUUAUUAUGACGCGCCAGAUCAGUGGCCAAAUGUUUAUCCGUCAGAUAAAACUUGUGACCAAAAACAGUCUAUACUGAGUCCUGAAUUUGGACAGAUAGUACCGCUAUCAGCAAGCAGUCAAGUAGCAAGAAUAUCAGGCUGUACUCAGCUCUAUGAACCAUGGGCCCAAUUGCGCUGUACGAGUUACCGAGAAUUCCGGUCAUCGAGACCACGUUGGUGGUUCAUUGCUUUAGCAGAUUGCACGUCACGUACUGGUCUAAAUAUUUCCUAUGACAUGAGUCUGACCAACGCUCAACCAGGUAGUUUUUGGAGGGAACAUUUUUCUGCUGAUGAAUUUUGGUUACUACCUCUUCUGAUAGCAGCAGGAUGUGCUUAUGUACUACUUGUAAGUUACAGUCUCUACGUAGCGAUUCAAUUACGCUUACGACGUCUGCUCCAUGUGACAUACAAAAUAUUUAUGGUGUCACAAAUUUACCAAUUAAUCGGAAUCAGUUUCGAGAUCUAUAGUCUCGCAUAUCGAGGCUCGACAGGAUUUGAAGCUCCGAGAGCGGCUCUCUUUGGGAAUCUCUUCGAAUCAUGUGCGGAAACGUUGUACACUCUACUGAUACUCCUUCUGGCACUUGGUUACACAGUGACCAAGAGUGUAUUAUCGAAUAAACAAAUGUGGUGUGUCUUUUGGUUUAUCGGAACGAUUGUCUUCCUCCAACUUGUUCUCUUUAUUUACGAAGCCGAGGUCUUUGAUCCCGGAUUAGUUCUCUAUAUCUACGAAUCACCGCCAGGAUUUGGACUGAUGGCACUCAAAGUCCUUGCCUGGGGUGUCUUUGUAACCUGUUGCUACCGAACCAGUCGCAAAAGCAGCACCAAGUUUCAUUUCUACGCUUCAUUGCUGUCACUUGGCUCUGCUUGGUUUCUUUGCCAUCCUCUUACGGUACUCGGUAUCACGUUUGCUGUUGAUAAAUGGGUGAGACAGAGUGUCGUAAAAGGUUGUUCCCUAUGGAUUAUUUUUGUUGGACAUGCAAUGUUCCUUUAUGUUACAAGACCAACAUCUUCCAACCCACGUUUUCCAUUCCACAUACGAACAUGGCAAGUAGUUCCCAUUGCCGUUGGACAAAAUCAUAAUUACGAACCAAGAAGAGGGGACACUGCUGCAAUAUUUACUAUUAAUUUAAAUAGAAAUCGUGCAAGACCCGCAUAAUAAUUAAUAAACUAACAACUACGUUGUGUAAAUAAAUUAUUUUCUUAAGGAAAAGUGCCUUAAAUUAAAUUAAUUACUCAACUGUA